AUGGCCUGUGACCCAGCCAUCUACCAGCAACAGCAGCCGCCGCCGCCUCAGCAGCAGCAGCACCAGCACCAGCAGCAGCAGCAGCAGCCGCCACUGCUGUCAGAGCAGCAGCUGCGCCUGCAGUACUCAGCCGUCCUUGUCAGGAUGGUCAACGGCAUAACAGACUCCCUCCAGAGGGGCAAGGUCGCGGCGUCGGUCUCGGGCCUGGCGGACUCCGCCGGCCUGUCGCGCCUGCUGGUUGACAUCCGCCAUGCGGCCACCCACAACGAGCUCCCCACGCUCGCCUCGCUGCGGCUGGGCGCGCGGCACGCGCUGCAGUGGCUCGCGGCGCAGUACUGGCAGCACCAAGAGGCCCACCUGGCCGCCUGCACCGCCCGCCUGCACGAGCUGCUGGCUGCCAUCCUAAGAAGCUGCCAGGCAGCUGCCCUCAAGGGCGUCGGAGGCGGGGGCAGCGGCGCGGGCGGGCUGGGGCCGGAUGACGGCGAGGAGGAGGGCGAAGAGGCAGGGGACGGCGACGGUGGUGCGGCAGGUGCGGCCUGCUUAGUCAAGGGUUAG